UCCUCCCCUUCUUCUUCCUCGAUAAAGGGGAGGUUUGCCCUCGUUGUUUGAUUCAACCGGAAGGGGAUCCGGCUGCGUUGCAGGACCUCCGCCUUCUUCGACCCCGUCCAUAGGGGCGACUAGACUGUCCCAAAUAAGGAGAUAUCCGCUCACCACCUACGAUAAGUCAAGAUCAACGCUCAGGUUAUGGUUAGCAGUUCGGGUCCGCAGGGGCGUCGACAAGGAGCUGGCGCGGAGGAGGAAGCAGCAGCAGCCAGGCGAGGAGUUCCCUUUUUCGCCGUCACCGAUUCCGGACGCGUGGUUUGGGGCCCGUCUAGACAAACUCGGGAACUUGGGCGGUCCAACGGCGUCCUCACACAUAACAGUCUCAUUCCCAUCCCAGGCAGCGAACGUCCAGGUCCAAGUUACUGCGCCUUUCUGGACAGGACCCAGUGGCUGGAGACUAAGAAAAACGAGAAUGGAGUCCAACUGGUUUAUGCGAGUACCGGCGGGGCUAGUAGCGUCCCUAUUAUCGAGCUAUGCCCGACACAAUGGCAGGACCAAAGUCACGAGAACGAGGGACUACAUGGCUGGCACUGGUCAAAGCUGGCCAGUGUACGAUGCAACCGUUCCGCACCUGGAGCUGUCCACGAAGGUACGAAAUAUGGUCGCUCUGUUUUCAGGUUGCCGUACCUCAACCUGAGCACAAUGGAAUACUCGAACUCAGGCAUGGAUAAUGUGGACGCGUUCGGGCUCCUAGUUGAACCGGAUGAUCUUGCUUUGGCGGUCAGAUUCGAUUGCGUUCCCGGACCAACAGAUAUUUGGGGGAAAAUUCAGGGAAUCCCAUGGGUUGUUAAGGAUACGCCGCCUUCUUAGUUUCACUUGCAGUAGGAAAGAGACAAGUGAAAGGAGAUAAGUGGGUGUUAUACAGCUUGUCGCCGCAAUGACGCAGA